AAUUAGUAUAAGUCAAACAGACGAUGAAGAUAGAUAAGAAGUUUAUUAUUUUGAUCACAACAUAUCUUGUUCCUGUCGUUUGUCUUAAGGAUCCUAUUUGUGGUUUGAAGCCUACGAUCAGAAAAUGCAUAGUGCCUUCUGAUAAAAUUCCUAUAUUUUAUUGGUAUAAUCGAAAAAGAAAUGAGUGUGAAAAACUUAGAAACCCUUGUGAAAGGUUAGUCAGAAAAUUUGCAACAAAGGCGAUUUGUAGGCAAAUAUGCCAGAAGUAAUUAU